CGGAAGCUGGUGGCGGCCGGUGGGCGACCAGCGCGCAGUCUCUGUGCAGCUCCGCGGCGUGACCCCGGCCCGGCCCUGGCCCAACCGGACCCCGGCCCGACCAGAUCCGAUCCCGGCCCGGCCUGCCGCCCCGCCCACCAGCAUCAUGGCCAGCCCAAGAACCAGGAAGGUACUUAAAGAAGUCCGGGUACAAGAGGAGAACAAUGUAUGUUUUGAGUGUGGUGCAUUCAAUCCUCAGUGGGUCAGUGUGACCUACGGCAUCUGGAUCUGCCUGGAGUGCUCCGGGAAACACCGCGGGCUCGGGGUACACCUCAGCUUUGUGCGCUCUGUCACUAUGGACAAGUGGAAGGACAUUGAGCUGGAGAAGAUGAAGGCUGGUGGAAAUGCCAAGUUUCGGGCCUUCCUAGAGGCCCAGGAGGACUAUGACCCCUGCUGGUCCUUGCAGGAGAAGUACAACAGCAGAGCUGCAGCCCUCUUCAGGGACAAGGUGGCCACCCUGGCUGAAGGCAGAGAGUGGUCUCUGGAAUCCUCACCUGCCCAGAACUGGACCCCACCUCAACCUAGGACACUGCCAUCUACUGCCCACCGGGCCCCUGGUCAGCCACAGACUGUGACUGCCUCCUCUGACAAGGCCUUUGAAGACUGGCUGAAUGACGACCUUGGCUCCUACCAGGGGGCCCAGGAGAAUCGCUAUGUGGGGUUUGGGAACACACCACCACCUCCGAAGAGAGAUGACGACUUCCUCAACAACGCCAUGUCCUCCCUUUACUCGGGCUGGAGCAGUUUCACCACUGGAGCCAGCAGGUUCGCCUCGGCCGCGAAGGAGGGUGCCACAAAAUUCGGAUCCCAAGCAAGUCAAAAGGCUUCAGAGCUGGGCCACAGCCUGAAUGAGAGCGUCCUCAAGCCUGCCCAGGAGAAGGUGAAGGAGGGAAAGAUUUUUGAUGAUGUGUCCAGUGGGGUCUCUCAGUUGGCAUCCAAGGUCCAGGGAGUCAGCAGUAAGGGAUGGCGGGAUGUUACCACCUUUUUUUCUGGGAAAGCAGAGGACCCCUUGGAUAGACCCACAGAGGGCCACGGUUACCAGAGCAGCGGUGGGGACAACUCGCAGGGCAGCACCAUAGACCAGAGUUUCUGGGAGACCUUUGGAAGCGCUGAGCCCCCCAAGGCCCGCAAGUCCCCAAGCAGUGACAGCUGGACCUGUGCGGAUACCUCCACGGAGAGGAGGAGCUCGGACAGCUGGGAAGUGUGGGGCUCAGCCUCCAACCACAGGAACAGCAACAGCGAUGGCUGGGAGGGCUGGGAGGGUGCUGGUGGGGAGGGCAGGUCUAAGGCCACCAAAAAGGCAGCGCCUACUGAUGAGGGCUGGGACAACCAGAACUGGUAGGGCCCCAGCACAGCAGGCCAGGCCCUUGAUGGCUGUGUUGCGCUCUGCCCUCCCUUCCUUCUCCUGUGUGACCCAAGAAACAGCCACCGUGGCUUACAGGUGGCAUUAGGGGCAAGGCCCUGGGAAACAGUGAUUGGUGCCGGCUGUCCCCCAUGGGGGGCAGCUCACUCUCCAAGGCCAUGUGGGGAUGCCUGCCCACUUCAUGCCCCCUGGGGGUUUCUGAGUAGCCUGGUUCUGUCUGCCGGGUGCCAUCUGCCACCAGGGGUUGGGGGUGUGGAUGCAGGGCCCCAUGGCCAUCCCUUGGCUGGUCACUGAGAAACAUCCUCGGGGGCUGGGACCACUUCACGUGCAAUGCUGUCAGCGACAAGAGUCGUUCCUUUGAAAUGUUUUUCACCGUUAAAGGUUUUUCUGUA